AUGAGGAUAUGGAAUGAUCCGAAUUGCGAACGCACGGCGAACGCCUCGGAAGGGAUCGACUGGGACCUCGCAAGGUACCAGUUGCUGCAAGUCCCCUUCCCUGAGAGCAUGGCUGUGAUUGGGCCAUUGGUGAAGCAAUUGGAAAAUCCACUGGAGUUGGACCGUGCAGCGUUGCACUGCGUUUUUGGGGUGAUUUCAGUGUUCUUUUUCUUCAUCAAGUACUUGAUAGAGACUGACCAACCUCACCUUGGACUUGCGCGAGCCUAUCUUUCUCAAUUGGACGCAUUUUCGAGUGGCAUCCAUCCACACUUGCUAGACAAGUCUGAUUGGCUUGUGAAGGACUCUCGCAUUAAUGCAUUGAGAAGGGCCGUGCUCACCCGCUUGCCUAAAGAUGAGGAGUCGAAGAGACCGAGGAUCUAUGUUUACGGCAACGAUGUUCCUGAAGUCCAGGAACUUUCUCAAGGGGCCUCCUUUUGCGCGAAAGGUCAGUGGGGCAUGGAGGUUCACAUCCACGAGUGGCUUUUGGCCUCUCCAUACCUGACGCGACACCCAGACGAAGCCGACCUCUUUUUCGUCCCAGCCUACAGUAUUUGCAUGUUUGAAGGAGGCUUCUUCCCGCUUGAGAACCUGGAUAAUAAGUACAAGGAGAUGCUUCGACAAUUGCGAUACUUCAAUAGAAACCGGGGUCGAGACCAUAUUUUCACAUUUGGAUCUGGGUUAUCGGCGAGUGUAUUCCGUUCCUGGCGAACAGAGAUUCCUGAAAGCAUUCAGCUCUCUCCUGAGACCUGGCUCUUUAAUGAUGUAGUGGACAUGAAGGAGCCUUGCUUCAACACAUGGCGAGACAUUGCGGUGCCGGGCUAUUUGCAUCGACAUGAAAUUAUUUCCUUGCACCAGGCUGCCAAGCCUUUGGCAGAAAGAAGCUAUGUAGCUGUUUUUCUCGGCCGGAUCGACUCAUCCAGAGGUCCCCAUCCGAGCCAAGGAGGUCCUGACGUGAGGGCGGCCAUUCGAAGGCUUAAGGAGAAAGGAGAGAUUUUUGUAGCACAGAAUUUGAGUUUCCCAGAGAUGCAUGCAGUGAUGGGAUCGGCAAAGUUUUGUUUUGUGCCAAAGGGCAAGUCUGCCUGGUCGCUACGCUUUUUUGAAGCCCUUUUUGCCAAUUGUGUUCCGGUGAUUUUGUCGGAUUUUUGGGAACUCCCCUUCGAGUCCUUCAUGGAUCUGCCAUCCUUUGUCAUCAAGUGGCCCAUGGACCUGGUUGGCGACACGUUGAUGGAAUAUUUAAAAAGCCUCCCUGACAGCACUGUACAAGAGUACAUGGAUGCGAGCAAAGCAUGGCGAUGUUGGUAUGUGUACCCACCACUGCUGCACGAGCAGAGUAUGGCCAAGUCCGACGAGCUCAAAGAAGUGUGCCCAGGACUUGAUGAAGAAAAUGCCUUUCAGGCGCUGAAUGCUCAUUUCAUGGGCUGUGAUGCGUUUGAAGAGGGCGACCUGUUGGUGACUUUCCCUGGGUGCAAGGACCCAGCUGCUUGCAACCCGCUCUUCAAUUUGGCAAUGGCAUAUUCCAACGGUUCCUUCUCUUUAAGUGAUGAGCAUCGGCGUUCAGCUGCAAGCAUUCGGCUGUUUGGGCCUCCAGAGCUGGCUGCUGAGCUCUACCGCGCAUCUCGAGGUGCUUGA